UAGUUCAACCAACUUGUUGCACACGCAGAGAAACGCCUCCUGUUCCUCCUCCUCCUGCUGCUCUUUUUGCUGAAGCCCCGCAGCCCACUCGCUCUCACUCCUGACCGAUAACCGGAGCGUAAACAUGGCUGCACACCGGGUGAUCGUUUACGGCGGCAGAGGCGCUCUGGGCUCGAAGUGUGUCGAGAUUUUCAAAUCCAAAGGAUGGUGGGUCGCCAGCAUUGACAUGGUUGCAAACGAAGAGGCUCAUGAAAACGUGAUCGUGAAGGUGACGGAGUCUUUCACCGAGCAGGCGGGACAGGUGACGGCAGAUGUGGCCAAGUUGCUAGGGGAACAGAAAGUGGAUGCCAUCUUGUGCGUGGCAGGAGGAUGGGCAGGAGGAAACUGUCGUUCCAAAGACUUGUACAAAAAUGCAGAUUUGAUGUGGAAACAGAGUGUGUGGACCUCGACCAUCUCCAGCCACCUCGCUGCCCUGCAUCUAAAAACAGGUGGACUGCUGACUUUGGCUGGAGCUAAAGCGGCUCAGUCAGGCACCGGAGGCAUGGUAGGAUAUGGCAUGGCCAAAGCGGCUGUCCACCAGUUGUGUCAGAGUCUUGCAGCAAAAAACAGUGGGAUGCCUGCCGAAGCUGCUGCUGUCGCCAUACUACCUGUUACCUUGGAUACGCCGAUGAACAGGAAGUUCAUGCCUAAAGCAGAUUUCAGUACCUGGACGCCGCUGGGGUACAUUGCAGAAAUGUUCUUCAACUGGGCCACUGGGGUGAAUCGACCAUCUUCAGGAAGCCUGAUGGAGCUGCUGACCUCCGGAGGCGAAACCCAGGCCGUGGCUGCUCAGUAGAGGACAGAGCAGCUGUAGAGGUGGGGGGUGGGGGUUGGUAGGGAGGAAGAGAUAAAGAUGGAUGGAGGCAGAUGGAGGCUUGAGGAGAACGUGUGAGGGAGAUGGAAGGAGUGAUGAGGUGUAGAGGUGAAGAAGAGAGAUGGAGACAGAGAGGAGCUGAAUAAAAUAGGUAGGUGGAGAGGAGAUGGCCAGAUGGGUUUGUUUUGGAGAAGGGGAGGGCUUUCUUUGCAAAUGAAGCCUCACAGCGCCAUCUAGCUGUCCUGCUGUAACAGGCAAUCGGACUGUUUAAUCUCUAAUAAUGGUCAAGAUGGACCAUCGGGGCUUAUUCAGAGCGUUACAUUUUAUUUCAGUGAACAGUGAUGUGAAAUUGUAUUUGAGAAGCAUUCAGAGUAAACAAUUUUAUAAAUAUUUGGAGCUUAUUUGAUCAGAGUGGGAUGUAAGCAAGAUCUAAUAACACAUACUAAUGUAGCUUUAAACUGUGAUGUCCUACCAUUGCAAUUCUGUUAUAACAUUUUUAAUGUGGGAAAUUACUGAAAAUUAAUGAGCAGUGUCUUUUCCACCCUGUGAUUUUCUGAAUUUUACAUUUUAAAGUCAGUUCCUCUGAAAUACAUUAGAAACUUCACAAUUAUCUAUAUUAGCCAUUAGCAGUUUUCUCUAAAAUGUAACACAUGACGGUGUCUAUUAAACGUGACCUUUUAGUUUCCACUGUUGUCUCUGAAGGUCCUCCACCACUGUGGAAAGUCGAAGAAAGCCGCUGUCUCCUCUCAAACGGACAAUAACACUUUAAAGUGGAGUGGCCUUAUUUUUCGUUUUUAGCUAUCAAGUCAAAGUGCCCUUGCUGCCUACGGUAUGAAAAGGGUAUUCUGUUCCUGUUGUUGGACUUGUGUAUUGUAACUGUGUCAGUAUUCACAAUAAAAUCAAUCGAAAUAAA